AUGGCAGUUGGCACUAAACUCACUCUUGAUGACAGUAAACUAUUUGACAAUCCCGCCCUUUACCGCAGUACCAUUGGAGCCUUGCAAUACCUUAUCCUAUCCAGACCAGACAUUGCCUAUUCAGUCAACAAACUGAGCCAUUUUUUAAAGGCACCAACACAGCUACACUGGCAGGCCUGUAAGAGGCUUCUGAGAUAUAUUAAAGGAACUUCUAAUUAUGGAGUUCAUUUCACUAAAAGCCAUAUGUUUCAGCUGGAGUGUUUCACUGAUGCUGACUGGGCCAGCAGCUUGCAUGACAGAAGAUCAACAAGUGGUUGCUUCAGUUGGUGUAACAACCAAAGUGCUGGUUCAUUAGCCUCGAAUCCUGUCUUUCAUGGCAGGACAAAACACAUUGAGCUUGAUGCUUAUUAUGUGAGAAAUCAAGUUACUGACAAUAAACCAAAAGUUCAGUAUGUUCCUACUGAAUUUCAGAAAGCAGAUGUCCUUACUAAAGCACUGCCAGCUUCCAAGUUUGCAACCUUUUGA